UGAACCGUGCAGGGAGUACGUUGUCGCCCCGCCCAUGUGCGAUCGCCUGAUCAGAACACGACGAGAGUGACAACUUUAAGUUGCGGUGUCAAGCCCACAGGUCAAAGAUUGUUUUAUCGUCGAUGCUGACACUGGACAGUGGCCGACAGAUGAGACUCACAUGCCGAAAAAUAUAUUCGCUGAUUUAUUGGACAGUUGAUUUGAAAGAACUGAGGUAGCAUGCAAGGAGUAUAACGACGAUGAUGGAUGAGGACAAUGCUGCUGAGUACAUCUUGGCCGUGGAUGUUGGAACAACGACACUACGAGGUCACAUCUACGACAAGAAUGGAGUCAACAGAGGGACAAGCAGCAAGAAGAUUGACAUCCUGCACCCGAAAACAGGCUGGGCAGAAAUGGACCCUGAGGUACUCUUCCUUCAGGUGAAACAGGUCAUGCAGGAGAGUAUCAGAGCUGCCAACAUCACGGUUCAGCAGGUCAAGUGUAUGGGCCUGGCAACUCAGAGGUCGACCUUCAUGACAUGGGAUAGGGAGACGGGUCGACCUUUCCACAAUCUCAUCACGUGGCAGGAUCUCCGGGCAUCUCAUUACGUGACGGCGUGGAACAAGUCCUAUACCCUCAAGGCUCUCAACUCUGGCUCCAAGUUUCUCCACAUCUUCACCAGGAAGAACAGGUACCUAGCUGCCAGCGUCCUCAAGUUCAUGACCAAACAGGUUACCAUGAGGUUACUAUGGGCUCUGGACAAUAUUCCCGAGCUACGAAAGAGGGCUUUCGAGGAUCAGGUGAUGUUCGGGUGUAUUGACACAUGGCUGUUGUAUUGCCUCACAGGAAAGAAGGUGCAUGCCACAGACUACUCCAAUGCCAGUUGUACAGGACUCUACGACCCUUUCCAGGUUGAGUGGAGUAAAAUAGUCUGCAACAUGGUGAACAUUCCAAUGUCAAUGCUGCCAGAGGUGAAGGACACAAGUGGCAUGUUUGGGCAAGUCCAUCCCGAUAUUCUGGGACAGUCCAUUCCAAUAACUGCUUCAGUUGCCGACCAGCAGGGCGCCAUGUUUGGACAGUGCUGUUUCGAGGUUGGCGACAUCAAGUGCACCAUGGGAACUGGGACAUUCAUUGACCUCAACACUGGGAACAAGCCUCAUGCAUCUGUCGCAGGCCUGUACCCCAUCAUCGGGUGGAAGAUCAAGGGCGAACUGACGUAUCUCGCGGAGGGCCUGGCUGCCGACACAGGGAUCACGCUGGAGUGGGCCAAGUCUCUAGGUUUCUUUGAAGAUGUAACCGAGACAGCCAAUAUUGCCAACAGUGUAGAAGAUUCUGCGGGUGUGUGCUUCGUCCCUGCGUUCAGUGGACUCCAGGCACCAAUAAAUGAUGACCGUGCUGCUACCUCAAUUAUUGGCCUAACGCCCAAUGCCACGAAGGCCCACAUCGUCCGAGCCAUGCUGGAAUCACUGGCCUUCAGGUUCAAGGUCUUGUAUGAAACGGUGCUAGUGGAGACGAAGAUUCCUCUGUCGUAUGUCAGAGCUGACGACGGCGGUGUGUGUAGCAACGACUUCAUUAUGCAGCUGAUGUCGAGCCUCGUCAACACCAGCAUCGACCGUUCCAAGCAGCCAGACAUGACAAGCCUUGGGGCAGCCUUCCUGGCAGGACUUGCAGCAGGUGUGUGGGAAAGCAAGGAACAGCUCUGCCAUCUCCGAAAGUCCGGCCGAGUGUUUGAGCCCCAGUCAGUUUGGUCUCAAUACAAAGACAUUUAUCGGCAGUGGGAGCGUGCAGUAACGAGAUCCCUGCAGUGGUACCGUGAAGCUGAUAGCUGACAGAAACUGUGUCGCCACGAACCAGGGCGACCGUUGACGGAAAUGUCAGCUUUACAUAACAGUCAGCAAUCCAGUAUAUUAUCAACCAUGGUUGCCAUAGGAAUGGUGGGCUGUUUGAUAUUAGCGGUUGUGUGGAGAAUAGCAGAUUCGUGAAUCUAGAAUGAAAUGGUUAUUUCAACUGAGGUUUCAAUGUAAUUUGAGAUAUUACUCAAUUAUAUGCUUUCAAAUUAAUUGAGGAAUAUCGAAGAAAAGGAAUAAUGCUCAAUAUUUUUUCAGUGAUCUAUUCCACAACCACUAAUAUAUGCUACUCUAAAGACAUUAAGAACACAAGUUUUUCCAUUGCGUCUGUUGAUCUGUUGAGGCAUAUGGGUAAUGCAACACAGUGUCCCAGUUGUGAGUGUUCUUAACUUAAUUUGAGUAGUAUACUGCAGAUGUCAAAGGUGCUGUAACUCUGUACAGAGUUUCCACCCCUACCUGUUCUAGGAUGUGCUGCUGAUCUGUUUUGAAAACCAUACUAUGCACAUGUUCUUAACAAGAGUGGUAAUACAAGAGCAUAUAACCAGCAUCUCUCCUGUCAAGACAAACGUACAAAGAUCGAUAGUACAACUGCAGUUCACUCCCUCCACAAUCAGAACCAGUCGUCCAUGAUGAGGAAUACUAGUUCCCCCAAUGCCUCACGACAUGGCGUAUGUGAACACUUCCUGGUUGUCUGAAUAUCACAUGAAUUGUGAACCUUAACUAUUGUUGAGUAGUAUUCUUGUUAAAAGUUCCUGAUCUCCGUUCAUUGUAAUUCUAAGGCAUUGAGCAUGUUUGUUACCUAAUGUGCACAUUCCAGAUGCAAUCUUCAAACUUUGAAUCAAUGAAUCAUGAAUCAAUGAACUGAACAGAUGUGAGUGAGUGAGUGAGUGUUUUGUUAGUUGUGCAUUUGUGCCUGUACCAAGUGUGCCUUCCAGAGAUGUCGUCUCUAAAAUUUAAGAUAUUUUAUAUUUAGUAGAUAAACAUACUGUGUUGGAAAGUCAGAGAUAUAUAACGAAAUUAUUAUAGCUCUAAAUUUGAUUUAAAACCGAGCAUAUGGUGUGACAAAAAUUAGAGCUAUUAUAAUUUCAUUAUAUACCUCUGAUUUUCCAACACAGUAUGUUUAUCUCCAUUCUACCAUAACUGUGUUCUGAAGAUUUAAAACAAAAUAUAUGCUGUGUUGGAAAAUGAGAUUAUAUGUAACAGGAUUAUGUACCUGUGAAUGACUUUGAUAAACCUACAAUCCAGUAUUUACCGAAGUCAUGGUAGAAUUCCCGAUAUAAUGUAUGGGACAUGUUUGUGAACAAAUAGUCUAACCAAUCAAUCAAACUUGCAUUAACCAAUGCCUGUAUAUCUUACCGGGGUACCCAUAUACUGCUGACUCAACGUUGUGGGAGUUUUGUAUUUACUUGUUUUGCAGAGACAUCUCAAGCAAUAUUAGCAGAGCAAGUCACUGAAUUUCCAUCCCACCAGGUACCCAUAUACUGCUGACUGAACAUUGUGGGAGUUUUGUAGCUACUUGUCUUGCAGUGAAACAUCAAGCAAUAUUAUCAGAGCACUGAAAUCCGAUCCCACCAGGUACUCGUUUACUACUUGCUAGAGUUUUAUAUGGAAUCUGAUCGAACAACCACGUUUGAUUGGCAACAGUUAAAUUGAUACUUUAAAGUUAGAUCAUGUAAUAUACUUAACAGACAUGCCAUGUUUUACGACUGUCACAAGCUACGAGCUAUUUUGAGGAGUUGAAGUAACCUUGGACGAUGUUUUGAUAUCAACAUUUGUUUUUUGUUGGUUGUAUCUGUAAUAUUGUCCAAGGUUGUUCAACAAUGACUCUUUACUUCCUCACAUGUUUUGUAUGGUAUGUGGACCAGGGUUAGGGUAGGUCACUAGAUUUCUCUUGCUCGCCAUUCAGAGGUGAACAAACUGACUGUGUGUCGUUGUAUCCUGAAGAUGUGGGACAUCGCUUGUUAUGUCAGUCAGUGAUCGGUCUGGUUCGGAAUUGAUGAUUUCAGGCAUUAUCAUGUAGCUUAGUAUUGCAGCAGAAUUAAACAGGAAAUCUUUAUGUAGAGAGUAAUGUCCGAGUAAGUCUCCAUUCCUUAAAAA